AUGACUGCGAAAGAAAUUGUCAUCGAAGCCGGUCAAGAGCUACGUGGCUAUGUCGAAGAAACAUUAACAGUCGAAUUACGAUCCGGUAAAGCCGAGAUUUUCGGUACAGAACUCGCCAUUAAUCACAAGUAUCAAUUCACAUCUGGAAUGAAAUUUGCAAUAUUUACAUAUUGGGGCUGUACUGUCAAUAUCAUUUCCCCACGUGAAGAUUAUUAUGUAGCACGAGAUGAAAAUCCAAUGCAUAUUUAUCUGAAUGUUCAUGGUAUGUUAGAACAAUUGAGACAAAAAGCAGACGUAGAAAAAACACGAGGACCUCGAAUUAUGAUCACUGGUGCAUCUGAUGCUGGUAAAAGUACGAUAUGUCGUAUGCUAGUCAAUUGGGCUGCUCGACUUGGUCGAACGCCUAUCUUAGUUGAUCUCGAUGUUGGACAAAAUCAAAUUUCAAUUCCAGGAACGAUUGCGGCGAUGGUUGUACGUCGACCAGCUUCUGUCGAAGAAGGUUUUCGUAUCGAAAUGCCACUUGUUUUUCAUUACGGUUACAAAACACCCAGUGAGAAUAUUGGUUUGUACAAUGAAAUUGUCUCAUCAAUGGCCACGUAUGUUAAUAUUCGAUCGGAAAACGUCGAAAAAUCUCUUAUCAGUGGUGUUGUUGUGAAUACCUGUGGAUACAUUCAACACGAAGGUUACGAACUUUUCAAACAUGUCGCAAAAGCGUUCGAUGUUGAUAUCAUCGUUGUUCUCGAUAGUGAAUGGUUAGCAACCAAACUCACGUCAGAUUUACCUUCGGUGAAACUCAUUUCAUUGCCGAAAUCAGGCGGAGUGGUAGCGAAAGAUGCUGCGAAGGAUAAAUUUCGUGAGAAUAAAAUUCGUGAAUAUUUCUAUGGGCCGAAGAAUAAUAUUUGUCCACAUGUAUUCACGAUGGAAUUUAGUGAAAUUAAAAUUUAUAAAAUCGGCGCUCCACAAAUACCUGAUUCAUGUCUACCAGCGGGAAUGAUUUUAAAAAAUCCAUAUAAUAAAAUCUUACCUAUCGCUCCAAGUAAUGCAUUGGUACAUCACGUUUUAUCUGUGAGUAGUUCGAACGAUCCAGAACAGCUAUUAACAAAGAAUAUCCUUGGUUUUGUUGUUGUGCAACAUGUUGAUGCGGAUAAACGAACGUUGACACUUCUCUCACCACAACCAAAUGUCACCAAUAAACUUCUGCUUGUAUCCGAUACUUUGUUUGUUGAUAUGAAAUGA